AUGAUCUCUCAAAGUUCCAGACUAGCUGCUUUCAAAGUCACUUCGAUUGCUCGUAAUGUAACUAAACAAGCCGCCACUUCAUCAUUAGGGUUUAAAAAGACUCCAGGGAAUUCCUUCGGUUCAUUCAAGGAAUACAGAGAAAACAUGAAGACUUAUGGCCCAUUGAGUGCGUCUUUGGCUUCAAAACGUCAUUUGGGUCAAACUCAUUAG